AGCGCUAUUCAGAGAGUUUAUUAGUGUUACUGCUGCAGCCGUCGGUAUCGGUUAAUUGCUCAGUAUCAAACAAAUUAAUUUCUUAAAUAAAAUGACAGUGUUAACAAAGAAAGAUGUGCAAGAAGAUAGUGUAAAAGGAUUAGAUAAGUUCGGAAAAUAUCAACUCGUGCAAUACUUUUGGCUGUGUCUACCACUCUUCACCGUAUCCAUGAUGCACGUUAACUAUGUUUUUAUAGCAGAGCAUACAGAAUACAGAUGCAUUGUACCUGAAUGUGAAAAUAGAAACGCAUCUAUUCAGGUGCCUGAAUGGUGGCCAACAGAUGUGGAUGCACAAUGUGAAAGGCCAAUUUUUUACCCAGAUUACAACACAUCUGAUCAAAUAUGUAAAAAUACAUCAAUUUUCAAUUUCGUCGCAAAAUGUGAUCAAUGGAUUUAUGAAAACGACAAUUCAAUCAUUUCUGCCUUUAACCUUGCAUGUCAAUCAUGGAAAGCAACAUUGGUCGGGACUAUACAUAAUGCAGGAAUGAUGUUGUCGAUGGUGACGACUGGAUGGAUUUCGGAUAAGGUUGGGAGAAAGCCUGCAAUGAUUUUCUGCUCUUUCGGUGGAUUCGUUGGAGUGUUUAAAAUUUUCGCUACAAAUUUUAAUGUUUAUUUAGCAAUAGAGUUCUUGGAGUCAUUUAUAGCGUCGGGACUUUAUAAUGUUGGGGUAAUUUUAUUGAUUGAAAUUGGAGGAGAAUCAAAAAGAGUUACAGCUGGGGUACUGUUUUCAUAUGCUGUGUAUUUAGGAGAAGUAGUAUUUGCAGCAAUAUCCAUGGGUUUCAAAUACUGGAAGCACGUUAUGUUAGCCAUAUAUUCACCUAUGGUUCUUUAUAUAAGCUACAUAUUUAUAUUGAAAGAAAGUACCAGGUGGCAAAUGAUUCGUGGUAAAAUGGGUGAAGCAAAAUCUACGUUCAAGUUAAUAGCAAGAAUGAAUAAAGUUAAUAUUUCUGAUGAUGAAAUUAAUGUGAUGAGCGACGAAGACAUGAGAUCGAAGUUCAAUGUAGAGCUACAAAAAGAGAAGGAGAGUUUUAAAGAUAUAAUUGGAUCAAAAGCAAUAGUGACAAGGCUGGUUGUUACUGCCAUUUGCUUUUUCACAUCGAGUUUCUUAUACUACGGCUUAGUGGUUAAUGCCAUUUAUUUGCCAGGGGAUAAAUAUGUGAACUUUAUAUUGGCGUCAGUGACGUCGUUCCCUGGAGAUCUGAUAGCAUUCUAUUGUUUGAAUAAGUUUGGUCGAAGAAUCACUUUGCAGUGUGGCUAUUUAACUUGCGCAGUAUUUUUGAUUGCACAAACCUACACCCCUGAACAUAUAAUUUGGCUCAAAGUGCUUUUAUUUUUAAUUGGUAAGCUCGGUGUAGUGAUUUGCUUCACUUCUAUCUACACCUAUGCCAUGGAAUUAUUUCCUACAAGCGUCCGUGGGUCUUUGUUCGGAUUCGGAAACACAGUAGCAAGGGUGGGUGGCAUGUUGGCACCACUCACACCAUUAUUGACUGCACAAUUUACAGCGUUGCCCACGAUACUUUUUGCAGUAACAUCAGUUCUAUCGGCGUUUGCGACUUCUUUUACUCCAGAAACAAAAUAUUUACCAUUGUUCGAUACAAUCGCACAAAUCAAUGCUUACAAAACAGCAGAAUCAGAUGUUAAUACUCACUUAUAGUGGAUUGAUACCUAACCCUUUUAUGGGUCAUUCCAUAAAAAUCUGUAUAUUUUCGACGUCAUUUUGUCCGUAACUUUUUUAAGAUGCUUUUGAAUACUUUAUUAGUGUAAAUUAUAGUUUAUUAAUUAAUUAUGUUAUGUCUAAAAGGGCCAGUCACUUUAUGCUUUAUUUUAGGAGAAAUUAUAAUUUUCAAUUUUUUCAUACUACAUUACUCCUAUAUGCCUUCUAAUAAAGUAUAAAACUUAUAACCUUAACAUUUAUAGAUAAGUUAAUAUACACAAUGUAGUUGUUUUGUUAUUAUCACCAUAUAAAAAACAUCAUUCCCUAACUAGUAAUUUAGUCCCAAGUGCCGUUUAAAGCUAGGGCCUGACGCUCUAGGGACUGACGAUUUGGAGUAAAACUUAACACAAAUGCAGAUUAACUUUAUAUUAUAAGAUGCUUAAUACGAUGUGCCGAAAAUAGCCAAAAAACCACACGUAAAUACUAAUUAAAUUAUAUACAAUUUCUUAUUGUAAUCAAUAAAGCUACUCAACUAGGGACUGACGAAGUAACUGGAUUAACACAUGUUUCCGCAACAACUAGCACGUUUGCACUAAUUCAAAAAACGGCUACCGCAAAGACAGUAUGGUCUGAGGAUAACUUCGUAUCGUACUUUAAACUCAACUAAAUGUCAUUCAAUCUAAAUACAUAUUAAAGCGCAAAAUUAUAAAAUCAGUGCGUGGCGAGGGAAUGACGCUAAAAGCUGUAGACUCUUUUUCAACUAAAGAAAAUCAAAUUAUUGUUUAUUGAAACCGCAAAAUAUUAAUAGAAUUUGGUG